AUGUCUCUGACCAAACCCCUCCCCUCCCUCCCCCUCGGCAAGAAUGGGCCCGAGAUUCCGGCCAUGGGCAUUGGGAUGAUGUCGCUGGGCCACGCGUACGGGUCGGCGGGCGGGGACGAGGAGCGGCUGGCGUUCCUGGACGCCGUGUACGACCUGGGCGCCACGCACUGGGACGACGCCGACCUCUACGGCGACACCGAGACGCUGUUGGGGAAGUGGUUCACGGCCAACCCGGACAAGCGCAAGGACGUGUUCCUCACCACCAAAUUCGGCUUCGCCGGCCAGGACGCCAACGGCGGCUACAUCAUCCGCAGCGACCCGGCGCACGUCAAGGCCGCCUGCGCCGCCAGCCUCGACAAGUUGAAGUCUGGCUGGAUCGAUCUGUACUACUGCCACCGUGUAGACGGCAAGACGCCCAUCGAGGAGACGGUCAAGGCCAUGGUCGAGCUGAAGAAUGAAGGCAAGAUCCGCCACCUGGGCCUCAGCGAAGUGACGGCAUCCACCCUCCGACGCGCACACGCCGUGCACCCGAUCGCGGCAUUGCAGAUCGAGUACUCGCCGUGGGCGCUGGAGAUCGAGAGCAACGGGGUGCUGGCGGCGUGCCGGGAGCUGGGAAUCGCGCUUGUGGCGUACUCGCCGCUAGGACGCGGGUUUUUGACGGGCACCAUCAAGUCGGUGGCCGACGUGCAAGGCGACUUCCGCGCCAUGCUGCCGCGGUUCCAGCCGGCCAACUUCGACAAGAACCUUGUAUUGGUGCAAAAGAUCGAGGCCCUCGCCGCCGCAAAGGGCGUCACCACCUCCCAGCUCGUCCUCGCCUGGCUGCGCCGCCAGUGGCCCGAGGGCGUCCACCUUCUCCCGGGCACCCGCAGCGUCGCACGUGUCAAGGAGAACCUCGCGGCCCUAUACAUCACCCUCACCGACGAGGAGGACCGCGCCAUCCGCGCCGCCUGCGAGGAGUGCACCGUCACCGGCCUCCGAUACCCUGAGGCCAUGGAGUAUAUCCAGGCCGGGGAGACUCCGGAGUUAAAGUGA